GAUAAUCUAUGUGAUACUACUGAAGAGGAUAUUCCGGUCGAAAGGGAUAAACGUACAUACAUCGAUAGAAAUCGGGAAGAAGGGCACAAGCAGUUGAUGGCCGAUUAUUUCUGUGAUAAUCCGAGGUACACGGAGACGCUAUUUCGCAGACGAUUUCGAAUGAACAAGUCCUUGUUCUUGCGUAUUGUCAAUCGUCUCACUGAAGAAGUUAUGUAUUUUAAACCAAAAAAAGAUGCAACCUUCCGAGAUGGGUUAUCACCGCUACAAAAAUGUACUGCAGCAAUUCGACUAUUAGCAUAUGGGUGUUCGGCAGACUCAAUUGACGAGUAUGUACGACUUGGUGAAACGACGGCUCGGGAAUGUUUAUUACAUUUUGUUGUCGGAAUAGUUGACUUGUUCGGCACUGAAUACCUACGACGACCCACACUAGAGGAUCUUCAAAGGUUACUCUUUAUUGGAGAACACCGCGGUUUUCCAGGGAUGGUUGGAAGCAUCGACUGUAUGCAUUGGAGGUGGAAGAAUUGCCCAACCGCUUUGAAAGGAAUGUAUUCAAGAGGAACCGGAAAACCAACAAUUGUUUUGGAGGCGGUAGCUUCACAAGAUCUCUGGAUAUGGCACGCGUUUUUUGGAGCGCCAGGUACUUGUAACGAUUUAAAUGUUCUUGAUCAAUCCCCAGUAUUUAAUGACAUUAUUCACGGUCGAGCUCCUGAAGUGAGCUACUAUGUCAACGGAAGGGAGUAUAAUUUGGCUUACUAUCUUACGGAUGGGAUUUAUCCCGAGUGGGCGACAUUUGUUAAAUCCAUCCCAGGACCACAACACCCCAAACAUAGAUUGUUUGCAAAACGUCAAGAAGGUGCACGGAAAGAUGUUGAACGUGCAUUUGGAGUCCUGCAAGCUAGAUUCGCCAUGAUUAAAAAUCCAGCUCUUUUAUGGAAGAAAGGUAAAUUAGCAUACAUUAUGAGAGCAUGUCUCAUACUCCAUAAUAUGAUUGUCGAAAAUGAACGACAUUCAUACACUCUCGAAGAAGAAUUAGACCAAGGAGAAGAAACGGAAACCAUCCCCGUUUUUAAAGGUUCAGUCAAUAUGCCUACCAAUCUCGACGGUUUUGGUGAUAGUCACACAAGAAUUCGUGAUCGACAAGCACAUCACCAAUUAAAAGAGGAUUUGAUUGAGCAUUUAUGGGCUAAAUUUGGACAUCUUCCAAAUGAUGAUUAAAGUUUUUAAAUUUUGUAUUAAUUAAAUAAAAUG